GAAAAGUUUGCACGUGGGUUUCUAGCCGGCAGUACGCAUCUAGCUCAAAUUUAUCAUCAAAUGCUUAAAGAUGUCUCGAGUCUACGAAGAAUUUGAUCCAGCCUUCGCCUCUGUAUGCAGUGAUGUUACAGUUUACUCCAAUAACAAAGGGUUCUUCAAAAGCCUUGCGGAGGAAAUUGUUUCACUAGCUGAAGUCGAUGGGUGGUUGCAGACGUUUGAAGAUAUUGAAGAUGAGAAAAAGGUUACAAUGGUCAUGGAAAAUAAUACAGUAAUGAAUGCGUUAAAUGAAGUCCUUUCAAGAAUUCAGCCAUUGUUCCGUGGAAAGGACGCUAGGAUAUCGCACGAAAGGAGGCUAGCUGCACAAGCUAGCCUGAACGAGGGAGACUUAGCGAAGAGCUUAGCAUUGGCCAGCCAAGCUGUGCUUCGGGCUCCUAUGACUGGAAUCGAGGAAAUCAUUGACACUGGAGUAUCGCUAGCGCUGGCACUUUGGCUUCGUUCGGAAAUACUUUUACGCUCCAAUCGUCCUACAGCCGCUUUAGAAGAUUUAAAAUUAGCUUUGAAAGAAAGACUACCCGCCCGGAUGAGAUCCGAGUAUUAUUGGAGGAUGGGACACUGUUAUAAAGGAUCUGGGGAAUCAACUCGAGCGAAGGUCUCUUAUGAAUUAGCUGGAAGACUUUUAGGAAACAAUGAACAAGCCAAAGCACAGCUGGCUAAGGAUAUUGAUUCUCUUCAUUAUGAAACUAAAGCCAAACAUAUCAACAAGCAAGACGUAUGUGUGACUGGUGGAGUGAAACAAAAUUUGCCAGUUCUCUCUAAGAUGAUUAAAAUUAUUGAAGAAAAAGACAAGGGACGAUUUGCUAUUGCAGACGAAAAUAUAAAAAUUGGAGAUAUCCUAUUAGUAGAUAAACCUUAUGCAGCGUGUCUGCUUUCAGACUACUAUGGAUCCCAUUGUCUUCAUUGUUUUAAGAGAUUAGAUAAUUGUGACGACGGAGCUCCUGUGUGGUGUCCAAAUUGUUCAGGAGUUGCGUUUUGUACGACAAAGUGUAGGGACGCAGCUUUAUCUACGUACCAUUUAUAUGAAUGUCAGUUUCUUGAUCUUUUUAUAGGAUCAGGAAUGUCCAUGCUUAGUCAUAUUGCGCUGCGUAUGGUAACACAAGCUGGUUUGGAUACAAGUCAACAUAUCCAUGCAAAAUAUUUAAGUAAUGAACUGAAAACCGUUGAGAGCUCUGUGUUGAAUGACAUAGAGGGAAUGACCAAGAAAAAUAAACUGAAAAGCAGAAAAGAAAGACUGAACCGAUCAAAGAAAGCAUUAAAAGGCUUUGAAGAAAAAAAUUCAUGUGACGAGCCAAUAGAAACAAAAAUUGAGGACAAAGCAGCCUACCAUGAGAAGUUGGAAUUGACAGCAGCUCAAAUUUACUCACUUUGCGCUCAUUCACUACAAAGAAAGGGUGCAGAUUAUUUGAAGAGGAUAAUAAUGGGAAUAUUUCUUAAGGAAUGUUUAAAAAAAAGUGACUUUUUUAAAAACUGUAACGAAGACAAUAUACAUGAAGCUGAAAAAAACAUCUGCGAGUUGCUCGUUCGUAACUUGCAGUUAUUGCAGUUUAACGCCCACGAGAUCUACGAAACAAUCCGCGGCGAUCAUCAGUUCAGGGGCUCAAAGCCAAUAUACACUGCAGUGGGUAUAUAUCCCACUGGUGCACUCUUUAAUCAUGAGUGCUAUCCCGCAGUGGCACGAUACUUUGACAGGCAAAAUAUUGUACUACGCGCAAUACGACCAUUGCGACCUGGAGAGAUCGUGUCUGAAAAUUAUGGCCCCCAUUUCCUUAUGCGAGGACUCAAAGAGCGCCAACGAAUGUUGGCCUGUAGAUAUUGGUUCCGUUGUGAGUGCGUCGCUUGCAAGGAAAAUUGGCCGACCCUCAAGCAAAUGGAUGCGGAGCCAACCCUAUAUUUAAGAUGUCCGAACGAAAAUUGUGAGGCAAAAUUGAAAUCAGGAAAAAACAUACCUAAUAGAUGUGCCAAAUGUUUUAUUACAAUUGACAAAGAGCUAUUCAAGAUUAAAAUGGACAAUGUCAAUGAAUGCCUAGCCCAAUAUCAGAAUGGAGCAAAGCUAAUAGACCAGGAACUUCCGAGCGAAGCUAUUCGAACAUUAUCGGGUGCUGUGGACAGCUUUUAUAAAAUAGCUCGACCGCCCCACCGAGAAACACACAUAGCCCAGGAAUCACUGAGAUCGUGCUAUGCUACCGAAGGGAACGUAAACAUCGUGAAAAGCAAAAACGUCGAAAAACAAUAAUUAUAAUAUCCUCAUAUGUUAUUAUAUCUAAA